AGUGUCGCGGGAAUUGUGUGAGCGCAACGAACUCAUUAUUCAAAUACACGGUGCCAAUGAAGUAGCAGCAAAAGUAUCUCUAACUGAAACGGUGCAUUAUUAUCUGCUCUACGCAUGUGCUCCAGCCAGAUCUACUCAACUUGUGAUUCCUCGCUCCGACACCUUGCUUCAACCCAUUACGCCUUGCAAUUCUUGUGUUCAAACCUCGCCGGUGAACAUCGUCGCGACGGCGACAGUGGUGACGGAGGAGGCCCUCUUGGGCGACGAGGAGGCUGAAAACUGCGAGGGCGGAAGCGAGAGCACCGAGAAGUCCGCGAACGAGGAGGACGAGGAUGGGGACGUUGACGUGGAGGAGUGCAGCAGCGUCGACGACGGGCCGGUCCACGGGGUGUUGGCCGACGAUCUCGCCGGGGUUAGCACGCCCUCGCGGAAACGCAGCGCGGACGGCGCCUGCAAUACGGACGAGAAGAAGCAACGUCUAAGGACCAGCUGCAACUCCGACGAGCUGCGUGACGUCGAGUGCCAACUCGAGACCAAGGAUCUCUGGGACAAGUUCAACGAACUCGGCACGGAGAUGAUCAUCACGAAGACCGGCCGACGGAUGUUCCCGACGUGCCGAGUAUCCUUCACCGGACUCAAGUCCGAAGGUCGUUACGCAGUGUUGAUGGACAUCGUGCCGGUCGACAACAAGAGGUAUCGAUACGCCUAUCAUCGUAGCUGUUGGCUGGAAGCCGGCAAAGCCGAUCCGCCGGCGCCCGCGCGACUUUACCUCCAUCCCGAUUCACCCUUCACCGGCGAGCAACUGCGGAAACAGGUUGUUUCCUUCGAGAAGGUGAAACUGACGAACAACGACAUGGACAAGCACGGCCAG